AUGACUGGUGCCCGAAGUUUACCCCGAAAUAGUAUCAUCUCUAUUAAAUCAGCGAUUCAAAGUGUGGCCCGAUUUCGUUGGCUAAUCUUCAUAAUCGGAAAUUUAGCCAAUUUCAGUCUCUCCAUGGUGAACACCAGCUUGAGUUUGGCGAUCGUCGCAAUGAUCAAGAAAAACGAGAAAGAAGGUAACAUGACGAUAAGUUCAGCGCUUAACGGUUCGGCUGAAGUGUCCAUAGAACCGAUAACAACUUGGUACUCGCCUUUAUGGUUAACAUCUUCUUCCCCUGAUGAUGAUGUUCACGUCGAUUGGACAAGUACUGAUAAAGAUCGUAUGUUACAAGCUUCUUUUUGGGGAACACUCGUAAUGUCUUCUUUCGGAGGUCGUAUUUGUGAAAUGGUUGGUCCUCGACGAACAGUUUCAAUGGCACUGGUCACAACGGGAAUUAGUAACAUCGCGUUUCCAAUGGUGGAAAAAUCGUUCAUCGGUGCUUAUCUCAUUAGAAUACUUCAAGGAACAGUCACCGGUGUGACUCAACCAUCUUCGUUUGUAAUGAUCUCACGUUGGUCAACGGCAGAGGAACGGACACUUUCCAGUGCCGUCGUAACUUCGGGUGGAUCUUUAGGUAAUCUUAUUUCUCUUCCAUUGGCUGGUGUUCUGGUUUCCAGUUCUUUCCUCGGUGGUUGGCCUUCAGUCUUCUACAUAUUAGGUUCACUUUGUUUAAUUGUUUCCGUUCUUUGGUAUUUUAUGAUCUACGAUACACCCGAGGAACACCCUCGUCUCAGUCCAGAAGAAUUGGAAGAGAUAUUAACCAAAAGGUCACUUAAAUCGGGCGAAAGAGUUCCAGUUCCAUGGCGGUCGAUUUUCACUUCGCUUCCAGUCUAUGCAUAUUUGGUACCUCAGUUCACUUAUGGUUGGGUUGUCGCCGUUGUCGCUUCUCAGAUCCCGUCAUUCUAUGAAGAGGUGUUAGGAUUUUCUCAUGAAGCUAACGGAUUUGUCGCAAGUUUACCUUGGUUGGUAUCUAUGGGUAGCUCUCUAAUUGGAAGUUCGAUCGCGGACAAAGUUCGUAGGACUAAUCGUUUCUCUCUGUCUGCAGUUCGUAAAUCAUUUACUGUCAUUGGUCUUGGUGCUGUUUCUUUAGGCUUAUUCGCAAUCACCACAUUGGGUAAAAGGAAACUCGCUGUUGUUUUAACUCUCGGCUUAUCCAAAGGAAUGGGAACUUUAAGUGUCGCUGGUUCAGGUGCUAAUCACCUCGACAUAGCGCCAACAUUUGCUGGGACAUUAGCUGGAUUCGCUGGCAUGUUACAAAGUAUCGCAUCUCUAGCGGCAAACGAAGGUGUCGCUCGUAUUGUCGGUGAUGAUCCGACACCAGAAAAUUGGUAUCGCUUUUUUUACAUCUCAGCAGCAAUUAACGCUUGUGGUGUCAUCAUUUUCUGUCUCAUUGGUUCCGGAACGACACAAGAUUGGGAUCCAUCUUCCGUUCGUAGGCAAAGUGUUAAAUCUGUCGUUAGCAUUAAAUCUCGUAAAUUCAGCACCAAAUCUGAAACAAGUUCACGUUCAAAUCCAAUGUCACAACAACCUCAUCAAUCUAAUCAACACGAACAAAACAAUCAACAUCUGACCGUGGCAGUGAUUGGAGAUAAUAAAGAGCAGAUCAACAAUUAAUAACAAAUCAACUGAAUAGUUUGUUUUUCAAUGCGAAUAACAAAAAAAAACCUAAACGGCAAAAUUUUCCUAAUACAAUGUAAACAAUUAGAUUAACUGUUAAAAUAAGAAAACCUUGACAUUAAUUGUUGGAUAAGAAAAGAUUAACUUCCAAUGAUGGUAAAUAAAUGAAAUAUUAAACUGA